AUGGCACCAGACGCAGUGGAUACAAACGAGCCUCCCAAGGCCAAGUCAGGCCUACUCACUCCUAGCCAUGUGGAUGGAGAAUGGACACCAAAUACAGUCCUCUCAACCCUUCCCCGACAACCCCAGACAGGAUCCUCCUCCCCUCUGCCCUUCUUCCACCUUCUUGAACGCCUCAAGACGACCAAACGCGAGGGCUGGCGCCGCUUCGACAUCAACCACGGCGAGUCAAUUUCCGACCACAUGUACCGCAUGUCCAUAAUCACCAUGCUAUGCCCACCCGCCCUCUCAUCCCGCCUCGACAUCGCCCGCUGCACGCGAAUGGCCCUGAUCCACGACAUGGCCGAAGCUCUGGUCGGCGACAUCACUCCCGUUGACGGCGUAACGAAAGUCGAGAAGAGCCGACGCGAAAUGGAGACGAUGGAGUACAUGACCAAGUCCCUACUUGGUAACGUGAAGGGCGGCAAGGCAGGUGAGGAGAUGAUGAAGGUGUGGCAGGAGUAUGAAGAUUCAGAGACGGAGGAGAGUAAGUUUGUGCAUGAUGUGGACAAGAUGGAGUUGUUGUUGCAGAUGGUGGAGUACGAGAGGGCGCAUGAUGGGAGGGUGGAUUUGGGGGAGUUCAGUCGCGUUGCUAAGAGAAUCGUGCUGCCGGAGGUGCAAGAAUGGGCGGCGGAGGUAUUGAGGGAUAGGGAGGAGUUUUGGAAGUCAAGAGGGAAGGAGCCGACCGGGUUUAGGGAGAUUGGGGUAGAGUUGAGGAAGGCGCAAGAUGAGUAUUAUGGAAACGGGACGAGCGCUUGA